AUGGCCGACUGUCUGGAGCGGGUCCGAGUCUCCGAGGCCGAGCUCCGGGAAGUUGCCCGGGCCCUCAGCACCGCAGCGACGGCGGCAGCGGCGGCCCGUGUCGACCUUCCCAAGGAAAGCAAGGAGCCAAGAUCCCGAAGAGACAACAGGCGACCUGAUAUUCAGUUUUACCAGCCUGGUGUUUCCAGGCUGAGAAACAACAGGCAAAAAUCAUCACAGCCAGAGACCUCUGGAAAGGAAGAGACGAAUGGCAAAGAUCCUGGUGCGAAUAAGGAAGUUCAGUGCCAGUCUGUGCCAAGGAGGAGCUGCUCCUUGGCUGCUGAGGGUCACAGCAAUGGUGCAAGUAAUCAGGGAGGUGUCAACAGGAACGGGCAGCUAAAUAGACAUGAGGAGGACGAUUCAAAGUGGGCUGAGCAGCAAAUUGAGACAAGUACAAACUCUGAUGCUGUUGGGAAGCAAUUGAAGAAGGUCAAGAAACCGGAUCGUCAGAUUUACCAGCCAGGCCGACGUGUGCAGGUGCUGGGCAAGCAGUCAACCAACAGGCCGUGCAGUGAAGAGCUGGUGAAGAAAGUAGAAGAGUUGAGGCUGGAGGACGACAGUAACAAUGUCUCUGUUGAGGAAAACACUGAGAUUGAUGAAGGUAAAGACAGUUGGGGAAACAAAGAGAAGACUCAGUCACCUAUUGACGUGAACAUUAGCAAAAGAGAAAAGGGGAGAAGAGGGGGAAGGAAGGAAGCUGCAGCUCAGGGGAAUAACUUGGCAGCAGAAGCUGAAGACAGUCGAGUUGUUCGAUCUCAGGCCAGACCAGAGAAACCUGGAGGUCCCUCAAAGCGCUACUCCAGGUCUGACAAGCGUAGGGGGCGUAACCGGACGUGCAGUACAAGCUCUGCAGGGAGCAACAACAGCUUUGAUGGACCAUUGUCCCAGCAUGGAGCUGCUGAUGGAGAAAGGAAGAAAAUUGGAAUGAAGGAAAGGAAGACUGCUUCAGAGAGGAAAGAAAAGGUGCGACCUUGCAAACAGGUUUCAAUCUCGAGCACUGAUUCUUUAGAAGAUGACUAUGCUGAGGAGAUCAGGAAUCGGACCCCAGUGAAGAGCCCUGAAAAACGGAAAGGUUUUGAGAAAGAGCGGUUGCUCAGCAGGAACACUGAGGACUCGGAUCCCUGGAAUAGGGAGAGUAAAACUGCACACAAAAUUAGGAUUGACAAUGAAGCAAGUGGCAGGACCACCGUAACGCUGAAGAAAAACUCUGAGGAAAAGAGCAAAGGGAGAGGCAAAGCAGGAAGGCCUGAGGGCAAAGCCAACCAGUCAGGCAGCAAGCCAACUGAGAACUCGGAGAAAAGGGAGAAAGCUGGGGAACCACGAGGAAAGGGUCGCGGCAUCUUGGUCCUGCCUGCUAACACCGAUCUAUCGUCAACAGCACCGGGCUCUCCGGAUUCUCCACAGGUGGGGCCAAGGCUUCUGUUUGGGCGGAACUCACGGAGUCGAGGCCGUGGUGGGACAUCACGGAGACUGUGGGAUCCCAAUAACCCUGAUCAGAAACCUGCCCUGAAAAGCCAGAGUGCUCAGCUCCACUUCCUGGACACCGAUGAUGAAUGCAGUUCAUCGUCCCAAGGAGAAACCUACUCAUCCUACACACACCCAACACCUGCAGCAUACUACAAAUUCCAGAACUCAGAUAAUCCAUAUGGUUACUCCAGAGCAGCGGUGCCUGGCCCUCAGUAUCCCUAUGGUCCUUACACAAUGCCGUACCAGAUCAGUAGCAAUAACAAUAUCUAUCCUGCAACAUAUUACCCGAGUUACCCAGCUCCCCAGUUUCUCUCACCUUUCCAGGCUGGGCAGCUGAACCCAGAAGACAUGGAGCAGCAAGUACGGACCUUGCAGCAACAGGAACUUGGCAAGCUGCUGCGGAUGGCAGACAAUCAGGAGCUCCAACUGAGCAACUUGUUAUCCAGGGACAGCAUCAGUAAAGAAGGACUGGAAAGAAUGGCCCAGCUCAGGGCAGAGAUUCUGCUGCUGUAUGAGCGCUGCAUCCUGACUGACAUUGAAUAUUCAGACACCCAAAAUGUGGAACAGACGAUGUGGAAGAAUGCCUUUUAUCAGGUUAUCGAGAAGUUCCGGCAGAUGCUGAAAGAACCUUCUGGAGAGAAUGGUGAUGAAAUCAGAGGAAAGCUUUUGAGUUUACUGGAUCAGGGGACCAACUUCUUUGACAGCCUCCUGCACAAGCUGCAGCUGACGUACCAGUUUAAGCUGGAUGACUACAUGGAUGGGAUGGCCAUCCGCAGCAAGCCGCUUCGUAAAGUGGUGAAAUAUGCACUGAUCAGUGCCCAACGAUGUAUGAUCUGUCAGGGAGACAUUUCCCGCUACAGGGAGCAAGCCAAUGACACCACAAACUACGGCAAGGCUCGCAGUUGGUACUUGAAAGCACAGCAGAUUGCACCCAAAAAUGGACGGCCUUACAAUCAGCUUGCUAUUCUAGCCAUCUACACGAGGCGGAAGCUGGAUGCUGUCUACUAUUACAUGCGGAGUCUUGCUGCCAGCAAUCCAAUUCUUACAGCUCGGGAGAGUCUGAUGAGCCUCUUCGAAGAAACCAAGAGAAAGGCUGAGCAGGCUGAGUUAAAGAGACAGCAAGAAUCUGAACUCAGCCCAGGCCUCCGAGGCAAAGACAAGAAGCAGACAUUCCGGCAGGUUGGAGAAGACACCAGCCGGGUGGAGGUUUGGAUCCAUGCCACUCACCCUCAGUCCUCUCAGGGAAGUGAAUCGGGCAGAGAGGAUGGAAUAUCAGAGCAGGAUGACGAUCUUGGAAAUCUCUCUCCCAGUGAUCUGAAUAAAAGAUUUAUCCUGAAUUUCCUCCAUGCCCAAGGGAAGCUGUUCACAAAGAUAGGGAUGGAGACCUUUCCUUUAGUGGCUGCAAAUGUUCUGAAGGAGUUCCGAGCACUGCUUCAACAUAGCCCAUCCCCCAUUGGUAAUACACGCAUGCUGCAGCUCAUGGCUAUAAACAUGUUUGCUGUGCACCACUCCCAGCUUAAAGAUUCUGGUUCAGAGAACUGCCGAUCAGUGAUACAGGAGCAUGCCACAGCACUGGGACUGGCCAUAUUCGGCUUGCUAGUGGAACGCUGCAUUGAACAGUUAAAGGAAACUGCUAGAGCCCGCUCAACUGAGGAGGAAGAUGAUGAUAUCAAAGUGUCCGCUUUCAGCUUUGACCUGAAAGAGCUGCUUCCCAGUGUGAAGGUGUGGUCUGAUUGGAUGUUGGGCCACCCAGAUGAGUGGAACCCGCCACCCAAAUCCCUCAUCCUGCCAAAAGAAAUUGCCAUCGAUGUGUGGGCCAUGCUGGCAGAGUUCUGCAACAUUUUCACAGCUGUCAACCAGUCAGAGGUACCGCUGUACAAGGACCCGGAUGAGGACCUCACCCUGCUGGUUCUCGAGGAGGACAAGAUCCUCUCAGGCUUUGUUCCUCUGCUGGCUGCCCCUCAGGACCCAUGCUACGUGGAGACAGCCGCAGAUAAGGUAAUAGCGGCUGACUGCAAAAGGGUCACAGUGCUAAAGUACUUCCUGGAAGCUCUGUGCGGCCAAGAAGAACCUCUGUUGGCAUUCAAGGGUGGAAAGUAUGUGUCAAUGGCACCCAUCCCAGACAGCCUGGGAAAGGAAGAUGGAAGCCAGCAGGGAAAACAACUGGAGGAUCAGGAAGAAGAUGUCAUCAUUGAAGAAUACGAGGGACAAAGCUCUGAGCCCGAUGGCAGUGAAGGGGAAGAUGAUAUAAAGGAAUUGAGGGCAAAAAAGCAAGCGCUAACUAAAAGAUUUGCCGAGCAGCAGCGCAGACAGGAAAAAAUCCAGGCAGUAUUAGAAGAUCAGACAUUCAAGAGACAGAUCGAGAUUGAGAUAACACCUGUCUUUCUAGUGCCAGACACCAAUGGAUUUAUUGAUCAUCUCCCCAGCCUGGUCAGACUGUUGGACUGUAAGCUGUACAUCAUCGUGGUUCCACUUAUUGUGAUAAAUGAGCUGGAUGGUCUGGCUAAAGGCCAGGACACAGACUACCACGGUGGAAACCAUGCCAAAUUGGUGCAGGAGAGAGCCAAGAAAGCCAUUGACUUCCUGGAGCAAAAGUUCGAAUCCCGUGACUCAUGUCUGCGGGCUCUUACCAGCAGAGGUAACGAGCUGGAGUCAAUUGCGUUCCGGAGUGAGGAUACAACCGGACAACAGGGUAACAAUGAUGACUUGAUUCUCUCAUGCUGCCUUCAUUAUUGUAAGGACAAGGCUAAAGACUUCAUGCCGAUGAACAAGGAUGAGCCCAUUCGCCUGCGCCGUGAUGUUGUGUUGCUGACAGAUGACCGGAAUAUGAGGGUAAAGGCUUUGACUCACAAUGUUCCUGUUAGAGCCAUCCCUGUCUUUCUGAAGUGGGCCAAGGUGGGAUGAAGAAAUGGAGCCAGGAAAAUCUCUCAUCCUCUGGAUUCCAGUGAAAAUCGUCGAGAGCUCCAGAGCUCGACCAUGGCAACCCACCCCUCCAUUAAAAAGCGAACAUUAAGAGAUGACGAGAAUCAAUAUGCAGUAGAAGAUUGUGAUUGGUUAUCAAGAAAAAAAUAGUAAGCUGAAGAGGCAGGUCUUGAGAUGAGACUUUUGAUGGGUCUUUUUAGGAGCAAGUUGGUCACAGAGGGUUAACAGAGUAAUACGAGAGGUGAACAUCCAGCUGCAGGUUGGUGAGAGGAAGCCUCCUUAACCAAUGGAAGGAAAGGACUCCUUCCCUGCGGGGAGGGAUCUUUGAUUAAUACGUGGAUUGUUUUGUGACAGAGAUGGAAUAAUCCACUCUGCUUUGCUCAGCACAUGUCUGUGAACCUCCUCCCACCCUGAACCUGCCUCACAUCAAAGGCAGAGAGGAGAGAGGGGCUUUGAUUUGAUUCGCUGCUGAUUCUGCGAUGUCAUUUAUUUGGCAAGAGGAAUUUCACACAGAGAGAGAAGAGUUAAAAUAAUUUACAGUAAAAUGAACCUGACAUGGCCUUGAAAAAAAGACUCUGUAAGGUUAGCCUAAACUCAAGGCAACUUUGAAAGGGUGGUGUUGAGGGUCACAGUCACGUUAUUGCAGAUACAGCUGGCUUUUAAUUGGCCUUGUAUAAAAGGAUUCCUGGCACCAGCCUAUCGUCAGGCUGAUAAUAUGUUCUUAGUCCACUGGGUCAUUGCAUGAUGGAGAUUGUAGAGUUUCCAGGUGAAAAUGGAGUGAUGUUUUAUUGAAGUGAGGUUUACUAUCUCCCUACGUAGUAGACUAUAAUCUGGUGAGUCAGACACAUGGCAAUGAGUGUGUUACAGCAGCAGCUCCAGUGUGAGUUGGUAGCAUACAGCUGCCCUUUCACAAGCUGCUCAAUGCCCAAGACCUUUGGCAUUUGGGGGAAGUUGGAGAUAAUUCUACGUUGCAAAAUACCAGUUCAAGGAGAGCCAGAGCGGGGUUCAGUUACACUGCAGGCCAACGAUCGAGAUAUCUGGUGCCUCCUAAUCCCUGGUCCCUGCCAAGCUAUCACGUAGCUGGGACAGCUCCUCAGCUUUGUGAAUUUAAAACAUGCAGGGCUUAGUAAUAUUUCAACUGGGAAAGUUCGUACCCGGUUCUGUGGUUUCUGUCCCUUUUAUGAAGCAAAUGCAAUUUCAAAAUUGGUUGAUUUUAGACUUGUUUUCAUUGUUUUUUUUUAAAAUAGACUUAGCUGUUUAGAUUUGGUUUUGGGUGGCCAGGUAUCUGGAUUUGGUUUUAUUUACUGUUGAGUGGACUCUAUAAAAUAGUGGAAGCUUUUGGUUUUAGUGCAGUGGGAGUUUAAUUUAGCAGGCAUGUCUGUAUGUGUGUAUAAAAUACUUUAGCAUGUUAUGUAGAUCUGAGUAUCUCGCUGGUUAGUUUAGUAGCAAAUAGCCUUUGUCCAGUGCUGCCACCAACUGAGGGCAACUCUCUUCCUUGUAAUGUCGAAGCAUACUAAUGUAGAAGAGAGUUGCAGUGACUAGCAAUUCCUGUAACUAUCAGCCCAAUAAAAGAGAGGUGAAAAGACAUGUCUGUAACCUUUUAAUUGCUAUUUGGUGUUUUUAUAGAAACAGGUUUCAC